AUGGAUGAUGCCGCAGUCCUAAGGAAGAAGGGUUACAUCGUGGGCAUCAACCUGGGCAAGGGCUCAUACGCAAAAGUCAAAUCCGCCUACUCCGAGCGCCUCAAGUUCAACGUGGCCGUCAAGAUCAUCGACCGCAAGAAGACUCCCAUGGACUUUGUGGAGAGAUUUCUUCCCCGGGAGAUGGACAUCCUGGCGACCGUCAACCACCACUCCAUCAUCAAGACCUACGAGAUCUUUGAGACCUGCGACGGCCGUAUCUACAUCAUCAUGGAGCUCGGAGUUCAGGGCGACCUACUCGAGUUCAUCAAGUGCCGGGGGGCCCUGCACGAGGACGUGGCACGCAAGAUGUUCUGGCAGCUGUCCUCAGCCGUCAAGUACUGCCACAACCUGGACGUCGUCCACCGAGACCUCAAGUGUGAGAACCUUCUCCUUGACAAGGACUUCAACAUCAAGCUGUCAGACUUCGGCUUCUCCAAGCGCUGCCUGCGGGACAGCAGUGGGCGCAUCAUCCUCAGCAAGACCUUCUGUGGGUCGGCGGCGUACGCGGCCCCCGAGGUGUUGCAGGGCAUCCCCUACCAGCCCAAGGUGUAUGACAUCUGGAGCCUGGGCGUGAUCCUCUACAUCAUGGUCUGUGGCUCCAUGCCCUAUGAUGACUCGGACAUCAAGAAGAUGCUGCGCAUCCAGAAGGAGCAUCGCGUCAACUUCCCGUGCUCCAAGAACCUGACAGGCGAGUGCAAGGACCUUAUCUACCGCAUCCUGCAGCCGGACGUCAACCGGCGGCUGUGCAUCGACGAGAUCCUCAGCCACUCAUGGCUGCAGUCCCCCAAGCCCAAAACCGUGUCUUUGGCCUCCUUCAAGAGGGAGGGUGAAGGCAAGUACCGGGCUGAAUGCAAACUGGACACCCAGCUGGGCUCGCGGCCCGAGCACUGGCCUGAGCACCAGUUCGACCACAAGCUGGGGGCCAAGACCCAGCACCAGCUGCUGGUGGUGCCCGAGAACGUGGACAGGAUGGAGGACCGGCUGGCUGAGACCUCCAGGGCGAAGGACCAUCACCACGUCUCCGGAGCCGAGGUGGGGAAGGCGAGCACCUAG